AUGCGUCGUUGGCAUUGGGCCGGACAUCAUAACUCAUCCCAAUUUUCCCGCUCACGGAAAUUUGUCGUCGUAAGAAAUACCGCUAUGCCACCGCUAUUGCCGUUGCUGGUGACAAUCGCUCUGGUCCAUGGAGGUUACGGUAUCGUGCUGUCAGCGGUUCCCAGGAAGACGCCAACGGAAAUGUUGUUACCGAUUCGAUCCACCACAGCUCUUAUGUGUGAAGUGGUAUUUUCUGGCAUUGGAGAGAAAAAUAAGGCGAUAUGGUAUAGGGAUGGACAAGAAGUUGGGCAAGUAUCUAGCGAUACAAAUGCUGUGUUUAUGGAUCGAAACUAUACGACUGAACAACCCGUACCAGAAGUUGGUUUCCUAAUCAUGAGCAACAUAAGCAGAGAAGACGAAGGUCUUUAUUGGUGUCGACAUGCGGCUACAGGAUUGUCAGGCGAAGUGUUUGCAUUGAAGGUUGCCUAUGUAGAAGAGCUACCAUCUGAGGGGUAUAUCAGAGUGGAGCCGAAGUACCCACUACUCGGAGAACAAGUGCAACUGUGGUGUCCCAUACCAAGCGCAUUACCGCACCCAAAUGUUAUUUGGCUGUUGAAUGGCGAACCAGUGUCGCACACAUCACUGGAUGCGCAGCCUUACCCGAACGGUACCCUUUUCAUACGUCACUUUUCGAUGGUACACAAUGGCGUCUAUGAAUGCGUGAUUUCAAAUUUCGCCGCAAAGACGUCAACGCGAGUUGUGAUUGACUCAAAGCAUGUGUCGACAAGAAACGGGCUAUCACAAUCAGCGGGUAACAGUGUUAGAUGUUCGCUGCUCUUUCGAAGCAGCGUAUUAUGGUUCCUUGUUGGAUGUUUGGUGACCAGCUGUUCGGUCCUAAUCUAUCUCCUCUGCGCCCUAGUGCUCAUGCGACCGUCCUCAAGAGCCACUCUGAUCCCCUCGAUGUGGGCUCGAACAAAUCCUCUGCUCGGACCAGGUUUUCGAAAGGUCGUUGUGCCAGUACCCGACUUUAUCAGUGGCUCGACAACUGACAGCUCAAGACGUUUCGAAGACGUUUAG